CUUCAACCCGCCGAGAAGGAAAUCAAAGCGCAUCACCGAGGUCGUGCUUCAGAGCUCUCCCAUGGCCGAUAGGUAUUGGAGGUACGCCGAUCCUCGCCAUCCUCUCGAGGUCUCCUCUCACUCCCCUGUCGCUGCUCCCCUGAAGCGUCAACGCUCUGAGUACUCCGAGCUAUAUGCCAGUCCAGAAUCAUAUGGCUACCAUCCUUUCGAUGAAGAGAGGAUUCCCCACCGUGUAAUUGGAGAUACUGAAAGCCUUGGGGCAUCUUAUGACCGCUACUUAAGGAGUGGAGAAAUUUCUUUAUAUGCUUCUGGCGAGUCUGUUAGGACUAUGACUGGUGGAAGGGGCAGUCAUCAUGUUUCAGGCUUGGAGAGUCGAAAUAUUCAGUAUAGCAGCAAUGGAAGACCAGAUACACCUCUUCCGCCGGAUGCUUCAAAUACCUUAUAUGUGGAUGGCCUUCCUGCAGACUGUACUCAAAGGGAAGUGGCUCAUAUUUUUCGUCCUUUUGUAGGUUUCCGGGAGGUCAGGCUUGUGUGCAAGGAGAGAUAUACAGGAGGUGAUCCAUUUGUUCUUUGCUUUGUAGACUUUAAAACUCCAGGCCAAGCUGCUGUUGCUCUGGAAGCCUUGCAAGGUUAUAUAUUUGAUGAGCAUGACCGCCAAUCAGCCAAUAUGAGGCUACAAUUUGCCCGAUUUUCUGGUCCAAGGUUAAGUGGAGGGUCUCGUAGUAGACAUUGAUUUGUACUGCUUUUUCAGGCGAUGAUGGAUGGGAGGUUCUGCAAACUGUGGGUCAUAAAUACAAGUAUUAGAGAAAUCUUUUGGCUGUUAUUUUCUUUAAAAGUCUAUGAAUGUGGUCAUAGGAGGUGUGCUUUUUAGAGAAACCUUUUUAAGCUAUUGCAGCCUAAUGUUGUGGCAAUUGCAUAAAUUCACAACUAUAUGGCUUGCUAGAUUGACAUCGUUGUAUGUUGGAAAUUGGAAGAAUAAUAUUUUAUGUGACAUUAAAUGGCUUA